AUGACUUCAUCUAACAAACGCGAGGCACAGGAAUCUCCUAACGGGCGACAGCAACAAAAGAAAGAAGAUUGGGAAGCAUUCAUCAACCUCGAAGGCAGCGACCAGACAGCCGAAGAGGCGAUGAACGGGGAAGAAGAGAAGCAACCCGAAGCCCAAGAGGCUCCAGCUCCAUCUUCUACCACACGUCGUCGUCCUACUAAAAAGCCACGGCGAAGCAAGAACAGUCCGGAACCUGAUUACUCUGCUAUGGUCCAAGGACAGAUGGCAGGAACUCAUAGAACUGGGCAGGCAUGCGAUCGUUGCAAGGCUCGGAAAAUGAAGUGUGACUCCAACCCAACGGGUUGUGCCAACUGUAGUGCCAGUAACUCCGCUUGCACUCAGACAGAUCCGAUUACGCGAGAAUCAUACACUCGCGGGGAGUUUGAGCGUUUGAGAGCUGACAAUCAACGAUUACGACAAGAAAAUCAACAGCUCAGACAAGAACUUGAACGGAUGCGGCCGCCAAUGGGCGGCAUCACAGGUCAAAGGCCCGUCGCUCAGCCCGGGGUAUAUGGAACGACUGGUACGGUGGGAUACUCUUCUUUGCAAGGCUUGGGACCUCAGCUCCUGAGACAAAAUACUCCGGUGUAUCCAGGAACGGAGAGCAUUUAUGCGACUCCACGACGUCCAUCUUUAAGUGGCGGAGGGAAUGGUCAAAGCCAGUUUGGGCCAAUGGCUCAAACCAACACUCCGACACACGGCUUUCAGGUUCCUGGUUCCCAAGAUCCAUUUGCGAGCAACCAAAGCCGGAGCUUUACAAACGGAGCUCCCUACGCAUCCAUUGCACCGGUGAUGAGGCGCACGUUGUCACACGGGUAUAACCCGAUGGAAGCCAAUGGUAGAAACAACGGGUUCCCGAUUCUAGUUCCGACACAAGCACCCAUGACGCCCGUUAUGAGAGCUCCGAGUGGACCAAACGUCGUAAUGCCACCACAGCCAGGUUUCACGCCGCCCCCAUAUCGGGGUCAAAUGCAGCCUGCUGCCCAGACGAAUCGCACGCCCGAAACCAAAGAAGAACCCCCGAGUCCAAGUCCCUUUGGGAAUGGCGAUUCACGGCGCCACUAGUUUAAACGGCUCCGAACUGAAAGAAGCGUUAUCAGUAAAACUUCCCUUGCUACGGUGACAGGCAUAGAGAAAAGUUUCCAGUGCUUUUUCGGCCUUCUCGCUAUCCCCGGUCGACUUGAAUGGAGUUCCGGCUACAUUGGUGGUUGGGUCUCGACGCUGGCUUCCAUUCCCUUCUUUUCUGUUUAAUCAACUAAAAUCUUCUGCGUCUUGUUCUCGGCGUUGGCGAAGGAUAGGGAGUAUGGCGGCGUAUAACUAUUGGACAGGGUACGCGCGAUAUUCGCUUGAGAAAUGGCUCUCUAUAUCAAGUCGACGAGAACAAUAAUGUAGUUAAGCAUAGGCAUUCGCUAGAAUUAGAAAUAUUUGUUGCGCGAACUCAAGUGCCAAAAGAGUA